AUGACCCGUACAAACCAAGAAGCAAAGGGUCCCUCCCUAUCAGUUUCCAGCCUUGUCGAACCGCCAGCAGGAGGAGCUUCAACAAUAUUUUCAGCUCUUCAACCUAGAUCUGAUGUGGAAGCCACAGCGCCUAAUCGUGGUAUAACCUCUGUCACAGACUCAGGGAAUGGAGGGGAUCCUAUUCAGCUCCGUGGAUGCUGGGCUCGCCGAACAAAAUACAAGAAAGUAGCUGAUUGGAGGGGGAAAGGCCCUCGUCGGAUUGGUGUGCGCCAGAAACGGUCAUAUACACUACUCAAAAAAGAUUCUCCGAAGAGCAGAACCACGCCUCGGUUAAAUAAAGGCUAUAAGGGCUCGGAAUCUCCAUUGCUGAAUCUGCCAGCGGAGAUGCGUCUAGAGAUCUGGAAGCUGCUCUUGCCGCACAACGAGGACCCCAGGGUGAUGUGCGAAGGGCAACCUCGCCGUCGCAAGGGUCAAGCUGUAACAUUGUGUUCCAGGUGCGAUGAGCUCGAUCUUCUCAAGAUUCAUCACCAGGUACGAUCAGAGUUGGCACCUUUGUUUGCAAUGCGACGCGCAGUCUCGCAGUUCUGUACGGAAGCUUGCGCGAAGCGGUUCAUGGAUGAAAUUGCCUGCUAUGAGGAAUUGGGAGUGAGCAAAGCGGUCAUUGAGACAAUACAUAUAGAUCUCCUAAAGCCAGCCUGGUGUGGGAAAGGCCGCCUGAUGGCAAAACAAAGAGUCAUGGCAGGGCUCAGUGAUCCAACCUACACUUUCCAAGUCACAUUGACAUAG